GUACAGACAGAUCUUUCAGAGUGAAGUACGUCCCAUAGAUUAUGCCUGUACACAAAAUGACUUGCUGGGUAGGACUGACAGUACUGCUCCUGUGUAUAGUGUCUGAGACCACCAGUCAGGAUAACCAGUGGGAUGACAGGGGCUACAUCAUCUUCUGUCUGUGUAUGGGGCGGUUUGGUAACCAAGCAGAGCAUUUUCUGGGAGGAUUAGCAUUUGCCAAGAAAAUUGACAGAACACUGAUAGUCCCUCCUUUUAGGACAUAUAAAAAUAUAGAGUUUGAUGAAUGGUUUAAACUGGAGCCAUUAAAGGAAUAUCACCGUGUCAUCCUAGCCAAGGACUUUAUGAGAGACCUCGCCCCCACCUACUGGCCCCCAGGAAAUCGGACGGGGGUCUGUUAUGGGAAACCUGGGAGGGAGUGCCAGAUGAAGGAGGGAAACCCAUUCGGUCCAUUCUGGGAUGGUCUGGGGGUAGACUUUGAUAAAACAAUAUCAACGGAGGCCUAUUAUGGGGAUCCAGAUGUAUGGAAGGAAUUACUUCCUGUAGAUAAAUACCCUGUAGUUGCCCUUCGGGGUGCCCCAGCCCCUUUUCCAAUAGCUGAGGAAAAUAUUCCAUUGGCCAAGUACCUCCAGUGGUCUGACAGUAUAGAAGAGGAGGCUAACAGCCAUAUACAGAAACUCAUUGGGAAGGAAAAGUUCAUAGGCAUUCACUUAAGGAAUGGAAUAGACUGGCAAAAUGCCUGUGAACACGUGGAGGGAAAUGAAAAUUAUAUGGCAUCUCCACAGUGUCUUGGAUAUGGAAGGGGCAAAAAAGUCACUUAUAAAAUGUGUUUCCCACCUAGAGAGGAAAUUCUAAGGCUAACCAAAAAUGCUGUUUUAAGAACCAAGGCAAAGCACAUUUAUGUGGCCACAGAUAAAAAUCCCAUGAAGGAAGAUUUAGAAAACCAUUUAAAAUCUUUAAAAGUCAAAGUUCAUCAUCUUGACCCCUGGCUGCCACAGAUUGACCUUGCAAUUUUAGGCAAGUCGGACGUAUUUAUAGGGAAUUGUAUAUCAUCUUUUACCUCAUUUGUCUCAAGGCAAAGACUUGUAGAGAACAAACCAACACAGUUCUGGGGAUUUAGCUAGUAUAAGCAAAUGACAAGCCUAAGAAUGUGAAAUAGCAACAAAAGAAUAUUGAUGGACUGUAAACAUUCCAAAGAAGAGGAUAUACAUCCAUAUAAAUAAAAAGCUUUAAUUUUACAGCAGGGUAUGGAAAGAAAUAGGAUUACAUUCUUUUUAUUUGUUUUCAGACAUUCAUAUUCAUUUGCAUGAAGUAACAAGAUUUGUUCAUUAUAUCUGACAUUUUGUUUUAAGAUCAGUGAAGUUUAUAUAUAUGUAAAUCUCAGGUUUUAAAGUAUAGUGUAAUUUUUGUUGAUUUCUGCAAGCUAGUUUUGUUUUUAAUUGCCCUGGAGUUGACAGCAAAGAAUUAAUAGGUCUUUUCAGAAUUUUUUAUGUAUUUUACAUUUUGAUUGUUGUACUUUACAAUUCUGAUUGAAAUUUUUCAUUAUCUUUUGUUACAAUAAGUAUUAUAUAGGAAUUUCUAUGUAUAAGAGAAAAUGAAGAAGAAUAGUAAGGUCAUUUAUUGUGACUCAGGUGAGCUUUGUGGCCUAUGGGCCUUAUGUUUUAGAUGGUGCUAUGUAUGUCAUUGUACAUAAAAUUUUA